AUGUCUGCACCGUCUCUGAUAGUCCCACCUACGGCUGGCCGUACGCGGCGACUGUCGUCGAUGGAGGCAACCCAUGAGAAGCUCCAAAUGGGUCCCACUGUCGUCGCUCCCCCACAACACCUGAUGGCCCCAUCAAGCGCAUCGGAAGUCGCCACAGGAUUUGAGACUGCGCGAUACAACCUUGAAUCUACCGCCACUCCCUCCUCGCCUGGAUCCACGCCCCCAGCCACAUCUGUCACCGACAAGUAUGCCUACGCGUUUGAUAUUGAUGGUGUUCUCAUUCGUGGAGGUCGGCCUAUCCCCGAGGCAAUCGAAGCAAUGAAGAUGCUCAACGGCGAGAACGAGUACGGCAUCAAAGUGCCCUAUAUUUUUGUCACCAAUGGCGGUGGUAAGACGGAGGCAGAGCGCUGUGUGCAGCUCAGCCAACAACUUCAAAUGGAAGUAUCACCAGGACAGUUCAUCUGUGGUCACACUCCCAUGAGGGAGAUGGCCGAGAAAUAUAACACUGUUCUCGUUGUCGGUGGUGAAGGGGAGAAGUGCCGCAUCGUGGCCGAAGGAUACGGCUUCAAGGAUGUUGUCACCCCAGGAGAUAUCAUUAAAGACAACCAGGACACAACACCAUUCCGCAAAUUGACAGAGGAGGAAUACAGGAACUCACGAGCACGCAACUUUGCAGAGGUCGAGAUUGAAGCCAUUUUCGUUUUCGCCGACUCCCGCGACUGGGCCUCUGACCAACAAAUCAUUCUUGAUCUUCUGAUGUCGAAGAACGGCCGUCUAGGAACACGCUCUGAGAACUUUGACGAGGGUCCACCAGUCUUCUUCUCACACAACGAUGUCGUCUGGAGCGCAUCUCACGAUCUCACCCGUAUUGGCAUGGGUGCCCUUCGCGUCUCACUGGAAGCCAUGUACAAGGCUGUCACUGGAAAGGACCUCAAGACAACCGCAUUUGGAAAGCCGCAGAUCGGUACCUUUGAGUUCGCUACCCGUCUCCUCCAGGAGUGGCGCAAAGAGAGCCACGGCAUUGACUCGCCACCCUCCACUGUCUACUUUGUCGGUGACACACCCGAGUCAGAUAUCCGUGGAACGAACGAGUACAAUGAGCACACUGACGAAGCCAACUGGUACUCCAUACUUGUGCAGACUGGUGUGUUCCAGCCAGGCACGACGCCACGCUUCCAGCCCAAGGCCAUUGUCGAGACUGUGCUCGAUGCUGUCAAGCACGGCAUGGAGCGCGAAUACAAGAAGGCUCUGAAAGAGAGCAUGAUUGCGACAGGUGUGAUUGAGGAAUAG